GAGCCAUCAUCACGUCCUCUAUCCAUCCUUAGAGAUGGUAUUCGAUCGGUAACCGGUUUUACCGGUUUUCGGUAUGCCGAGUGUGGGUAAGUGAGAAUCGAUUACCGAUACUUUACCGGUUACCGAAUUACCAAAAAAUGGUUACAAACCGGUUUUACCGACUUACCGUAAAGAGUAGUUGCGGACGGUUUUUUGGUUCGGUUUACCGGAAAAUUAUCGAACCGAGUUUCUGGGCAAUGGAGUGAUGUUAUAAUAUUUUGAUUUUUCUGAGUUUUUUCUUCAUUUUUUGUAAUUAAUAAAUUAUUAUUAACUCUUAUUUAUAAUAUUUUCGAGGCCUAUACUUACUUACUUCGAUUCAUGUAUGUAAUAUUGUGAAUAAUGAAGUUUAUGUUAUUAGUUAAUGCCUUAACUGGUCCGUAUCGGUAUUACCGAAUUACCGUCGGUAUUUACCGAUACUGGGGCCGGUAAACCGAGCUUCCCUAUUUGACCCUCGGUUGCCGAUAUCGCCGAUAAACUGUUUACUGUUUACCGACUUACCAUUUGUCACCCCCUAUCAGGGCCGGCCAAGAGGGUGUGCUGGCCCGUCCUCCGGCAUAGGGCCUCAAAAUAUUUGGGGCCUCUACUUAGAUUUGUUAGUUACCGAUCUUAUAUUGUAGGUUGUAUUUUUAGUGUAUGAUUGAUUGAUUAUGAGUAUGAUGAUGUGUUUAAUAGAUAAUUUUAGCUAUAAUAACAAUUGAAAAGGAUCUCAUGGAGAAUACGAAAAUCUGAAAAAUAAUAGAUAAUUUUAAUUUAAACAUUAUAGAAAGAUAUUACAUUUUAAAUAAUGUUAUUAUAAUAAUUUUAGUUUUAUUAUAGUUAAAGGACCAUGUCUAGAUUUUGAAAUAGGGCCUCCACGAUCUAGUAGACAACCCUGCACCCACCGCUCGAUCAAUUUAGACUAUUUUCAUUUCUCCGUUCAAAUUUUUGCGUUAUAUCCAUUUUCUCUUCCUUCCAGAUUUACUUUCCUCCCUACUAGGGCUGGGAAUUCGGUCUUGGUUUCUUGGUCAAACUGGAAACAAGAUCGUUUAUUCCUGAUGUAAUCUUUUUCGGAACUUAAGUAUUUGUUUACAAUUAUUUACUAAUUUUUUAUUUUGAUAAAUUUAUGGGGAAAAAAAUUAGGACCACAUUUUAAAUUUUCGAACAGGACCUCCAAAUAUCAUGGGACGUGUUGAAUGUGAUUAUUGUACGUAAUUAGCAAAUGAUGUAGUGUAGUUAGGAUUGAGCCAUUUGUAUUAAAGGCCUGUUAGGCCCAUGCAAUUCACGUCGACCCAUGUAGAAUGACGUGUGAGCUAGGGUUGUGCUGUAGUGUAUAUAGUACAGCCGAUACUCUCUGUUCCGGUACCAAAAAUUAUCAGUAAGAUCAGUAGCCGAAGAGUGUUCACGCUCUUCCGUGGAUUAGUCCUGGAAUCUCCAGGGAUACCACGUAAAUCUGAGUCUGUUUCCGAUUUUGUCUUUGUCUUCUCAAUAUGGUAUCAGAGCUUCAGUCAAUUGAAUCUGAACGUCCCGCCGUUCGUCUGACCUCGACAAAUUUUGCACUCUGGGAAUUCCAAUUCCGGGUUUUCGUCGAAGGUAAAGGAUUACUGAGCAUUCUUGAUGGAACGCAGGCCAAACCUGAAGGCGCUGCCGCUACUCCGCAAGCUGUCGCUGCCUGGACCCAAAAUGAUGCACGAGUCCGAUCUUGGUUGCUUGGAUCGGUGGAUUCGUCCACCUGCCUCAGCCUUCGUCUAUAUCCAACAGCCAAUCGAAUGUGGCGUCAUCUCUCCGUCAUGUACUCCACGGUGAAUGCCGCCCGACAGUUCGAGAUCCAGAUAGCCUUAUCUCGCCUUGAACAAGGCGAACGCACUGUCUCGGAGUACUUUAACGCGGCCCAAGAACUGUGGAUUGAGCAAGAUCUUCUGCACGCUGCUCUUCGUCCCCAGGCUGUUCUCAGCGAAGAUGCUAUUGCCGAAAGGAUGCAAACUCGGCUAUUGAAUUUUUUGAUGAAGUUGCGUCCGGAAUUCGAAUCUGUCCGGGCUACUUUGCUGAAUCGAGAUAUACUUCAAUUUGAUGGAGUGUUGGGUAAGUUAAUGAGAGAAGAGAUCCGCUUGCGAACCCAAGCGGCCAUUGACUUGAGACCUGGAGAAGGGGAAUCAAUUGUUGCAGCCGCUGCCGCUCAAGGAGUCGUAGGUGCAAAUCGUGAUAAUUCUGCUUAUGGAGUGUCUCGACCUCAAUUUCAACAACGGGUUCCCGUAUCUGAUUUGGAGUGUCAUCAUUGCCGCGAAAAAGGUCAUGUUCAAAAGCAUUGUCGUCGGAGGAAUUUUUGCGUUUAUUGUAAACGCAUGGGGCACAUCAUCCUUGACUGUCGAACACGGGAGAGGAAUGCUGCACGUGAAGGUGGUCCGCCGCCGCGAGGGAAUUCAGGCAAUUAUCAGUCCCGUCAAGGUUAUGGGGAACGUAUUGAUCGUCCUGCUUAUGGAGUGUAUCACACUGAUGAUGGUGGUAGCUGGCGGUCGGGUCCUUCUCGUGAUGCUUGGAGGCCUGGUGGACGUUCCUCUGGGACAUUGGGUGAAGCUAGCAGCAGCAAAGGGAAUCAACCAGGGAAUGCAAUAGGUGAUGUAGGUGCUGCUGGUGGAGUUACAAUGGCAGCAGUAGAGCAAAUUGUCAAUUCGACUAUUAACGCUGCGUUUGCUACCCUCAAUGGAACGGGUAAAAUUCCUUCCCCUUGGUUGAUUGAUUCUGCAUGUUAUAACCAUAUGACCCAUGAAUCUCAUACUUUGAAAAAUGUGUCUCCUGUGAACAAUAUGGAAUUAAUGGUUGCCAAUGGAAAUAAGCUACAAGUAAAUGGCAUGGUUGAUGUCGAGAUGAAGGGAAUGACUUUACGUAAUACAUUGCAUGUGCCAGACCUUGUUCCUAAUCUAGUUUCUGUUGGGCAACUUACUGAGCAAGGUUAUACUGUAUCGUUUGCUCCGACUGGAUGUCUUGUACAGGAUUCGAAGACGGGGAGGCUGAUCGGAAGGGGGAGUAAGCAAGGCAGGCUUUUUCAUCUCGAGGAACUUCAUGGGAAAUCAGUCUCUCCAGUUAUCCGUAGUACGUUGAAUAGGUCUGUCCGUAGUCCUGAGUCUUCUAGUUCUUGUUCAGCUAUUUCUAGUACUUCCAAUAAGUCGUGGGAACUUUGGCAUGCCCGAUUGGGGCAUCCCCACUCUCAACGUCUUUCUUUGAUGUUCAACAAAUCCUUGCUUGGUAAAAACAGUGCUCGCAUGCCUGAUUUUCAUUCUUGUACUAGUUGUGUUGAAGCUAAAACUGCCAGUAUUUCUUAUCCUUCUAGUACUACUGUCAUUCAGGAACCUUUCCAUGUGAUUCAUACUGAUCUUUGGGGUCCUGCCCCCACUGUCUCUCGUCAUGGAUUUUGUUAUUUUGCCCUUUUUAUAGACCAUGCUACGCGAUAUACCUGGAUUUACCUCCUUCGUCUAAAAUCUGACUUGCAAGAUGUUGCAAUUGAAUUUCUAAACAUGGUUCAAACUCAAUUUGGCAAACCUGUAAAAAUCAUUCGUUCUGAUCCCGGAGGAGAAUUUAGUUCUUUUCCUCUUCGCGAAGCGUAUCGCUCCCGUGGUAUUUUAAGUCAAAAAUCGUGUCCUGGUAUUUCUCAACAAAAUGGUCUUGUCGAGAGAAAAAAUUGCCAUGUGGUCGAGCUAACUAGAGCUUUAUUGUUAGCUUCUUAUGUCCCGUCUAGGUUCUGGCCUGAGGCAGUUGUCACGGCAGUUCGUUUGAUCAAUUAUCAAAUUACUCCGGUGCUUGGUAAUGUGAGUCCUUUUUUUAAAUUGUUUGCCCGUCAUCCUGACUAUUCCCGUCUUCGUGUGUUUGGAUGUUUAUGCUUUGUUCUUCUUCCCAAACGAGAACGUACAAAGUUGACAUCCCGAACUGCGAAGUGUGCUUUUCUGGGUUAUAGCGAUGUCCAUAAAGGGUAUAUGUGCUUUGAUCCCGUAGCUCAGCGUAUUCGUGUGGCAAGUACUGUCGUGUUCUUUGAACACAUGAGAUUUUUUGCUCCCCAGCCUACUUCUGAGUUGGUGUUUCCUUUGUCUAGUACUAUUCCCAUGUUCCACGAGGAUGAUGCGCCUGCUGAAGAUCUUUUUCCAAGCUUUCCCCCUGAUGAUACGGAUUCCCCAAGCUCUUCACAAGCCACUUCCUCUAUGGCAACUCCAGGAACUUCGUCAAGCUCUCCUGUUUCGGCUUCUAGUGGCAUUGUUGCUUCGUCUCCUGUCCAGCAACCUCGGCGCUCUCUUUGCUCUACCAAGGGAGUUCCGCCGCUGCGAUUUGAUGAUUAUAUGGCGUUGGGCUUUGAUACUUUAGUUGUGCCUACACGGUACAAGGAUGCCCGAGGUGAUCCUCGGUGGGAGGAGGCGAUGGGGAGUGAAUUUGAUGCUCUCCAUGCGAAUCACACCUGGGACGUUGUUGAUCAUCCUGCUCCGGAUACUCCCACUGUUGGCAGCCGUUGGGUUUAUACGAUUAAGAUGAAUCCGGAUGGAACUAUUGAACGCUUCAGAGCCAGGGUGGUGGCUUUGGGUUAUACUCAGGAGCAUGGGGUGGACUACAAUGAGACCUUUGCUCCUGUAGCUCGUAUGUCGACUGUUCGCACCCUGUUGGCUGUAGCUUCUAUAAAACAUUGGACUCUGUCCCAGCUUGAUGUGAAGAACGCCUUCCUGCAUGGUGAUCUUGAUGAGGUGAUUUACAUGGAAAAACCUCCUGGAUACAAUGUUGGAGGGCCAGGACAGGUACGCAGACUCCGUAGAUCCCUGUAUGGAUUAAAACAAGCACCCCGGGCUUGGUUCGAGAAAUUCCAUGGCACUCUGGUUGGUCUUGGGUACUGUCAAAGCCUUAACGAUCCUUCACUAUUCAUCAAGACUACCUCCCGAGGUAUUGUUAUUCUCUUGCUGUAUGUAGAUGAUAUGAUCAUCGCUGGGUCUGAUUUAGAAGGCAUUCGACAGCUUAAAGAUGGGUUACAUGUUGCUUUUCGUAUUAAAGACUUGGGUCAGCUGUCUUACUUCCUGGGAUUAGAAGUCUCUCGUUCUGCAUCUGGAAUAUUUCUAUGUCAGCGGAAGUAUAUCUCGGAUUUGCUGGGAGAUUACAACAUGGGAGAUUGUGUUCCGGUACAUACUCCGAUAGAGCUUAAUUUAAAACUGAGGAAGGAGUCAGGUGAUAAGGUAAAGGACAGUUCGCAGUAUCGGAGUAUUGUUGGAAGUCUGAUUUAUUUAUCGGCUACUCGACCAGAUAUCUCUUAUGCAGUGCAGCUAGUUAGUCAGUUUAUGGCCGAUCCUCGCACUGAUCAUUUGGCUGCAGUGUAUCGUAUACUGCGCUACUUGCGUGGAACUAUGGAGUUGGGUCUCUUGUUUCCUUCGUCUGGGACCGCAACUCUGCGAGCCUACUCUGAUUCAGAUUAUGCAGGGUGUGUUGAUACUAGACGAUCUACGACUGGAUGGUGUGUUCAAUUCGGGAAUUCGUUCAUUUCCUGGAGGUGUAAGAAACAGGACAAGGUGUCCAAAUCUUCCACAGAAGCUGAAUACCGAGCAAUGUCGGAUGUUACUUCUGAAUUGACCUGGUUGAGACGUUUGUUGCGCGACAUGGGGGUGGAGACUGCAGGACCAAUGGAUCUCUUUGUUGAUAAUACCAGUGCUAUCCGAAUAGCAGAAAAUCCAGUUCUACAUGAUCGGACCAAACAUAUUGAGGUCCACGUACAUUAUGUUCGAGAUGAAGUUCGGGAUGGAACAAUUGCGCUACACUACAUUCGGACUGAAGAUCAAGUUGUUGACAUGCUUACAAAGUCAUUUUCUACUAGCCGGCACAAAUUUCUGACUGACAAAUUGAUGCUUGUUCCUCGGCAUCAAUUUGGGGGAGGCUGUUGAAUGUGAUUAUUGUACGUAAUUAGCAAAUGAUGUAGUGUAGUUAGGAUUGGGCCAUUUGUAUUAAAGGCCUGUUAGGCCCAUGCAAUUCACGUCGACCCAUGUAGAAUGACGUGUGAGCUAGGGUUGUGCUGUAGUGUAUAUAGUACAGCCGAUACUCUCUGUUCCGGUACCAAAAAUUAUCAGUAAGAUCAGUAGCCGAAGAGUGUUCACGCUCUUCCGUGGAUUAGUCCUGGAAUCUCCAGGGAUACCACGUAAAUCUGAGUCUGUUUCCGAUUUUGUCUUUGUCUCCUCAAUAGCCCUGCCCCUAUCCAUCCUCGACCACCAGUCAACAAAGUGAGGCCUGCUCUUUCGGUAGUUGGUAAGAGCAUACUACAAAACCUUCUUCUGCCCAUUGUAUUUCUUUCUUUCUUGUGUGUUGUGUGACACGAGGUUGACUUCAGUUUUGCGUCUUGCUUCCCCCCAUCUCUUUUGCUUUCCAACAUGUUCGAUUUGACCCAAUGAAUUACGCGUUAUUCUGUUGGUUGCCGCUACGGUCGUCUCAGUCGUAAGGGUGCAUACAUUAACAUGGUACUUUGUCUGAACAGUUGACGGCCGUUAUUUUUUUGUUGUUGUAAUGUUGUUGUUCUGAGGUCGUCGUCGGAUUCAUACUAGUCAACGUGCCUAUGUCAAAUCCUUCUACUGAGUUUCUGCUGCCUGCCUGCAACGAGAACAACAACCAACGAGAAUGCAAAGUAUAUUAAUGAACAAGUGGAGUUCCCACUUGAUGACUCCCACAAUAAUAAAUAAUAAAUUAACUAGUUCAUCGUAACCAGUGGCGUAGCCAGACAUCGAGUCCACUCGGAUCCUUAAAAUUUUACUAACAUAAAUGCUUGUGUACCUAAUGAAUUUUGAGUUAACCGGGGUCCUUGAUGAGCUAACAUCGUUGAGAGUAUGAGGUCAUAAACUUGAAUUAUCGUACUAAAACCUAUGUAUUUAAAGGGUUUUGUUGCCCAAUUAUUUGCCAAGUGGGGUCCUAGGACCCCUCUCCUCCUUACCUCCCUUCGCCACUGAACGAUAGUUGGGAACAAAAAAAAAAAAAAUUUGAACAUGCCCGGUUUCGUUUCGAAUCGAAUUUGUUUGAAAUUGAUCGAACCAGGUCAAGAUCGUCUCUAUGUUAAUGGCUUGAGAGAACAAUUGAGUCUGCCAGAUUCUUUGUUUCUCUGCUUACGAUUAUAUAUAUAUGGUAGUAAUUUGAGAUGUAGAGUCCUAGGGUUUACGGGGGGUUUGUUGACGUGUCGCGUUUUGUUGACAUGUCGAGUACUUUUUUUUGUACUUGUACCUUCACUAAUCCGGUCAAUGGGAAUUUGAAGUACAAAAAUCUUAACUAAAAAUCUAAAGAAAGUGUCAAACUUCUUAACGAUGAGUUGAUUAUUAUUAUAACUAUGAAUUUCUCUAUUGUAAUCGAGAGUCAUAUAAAUUCUCACUGUAUUAAUACAUGGAAAAAAAAAAAAACAAACCCUACAAAACUCUAACUAUUAAGAUAAUUUAUAAAAAAUUCAAACCUAAAUAUUCCCACCUAUCCAAGCUAGUAUCUUUUACGGAGGAGAAAUCAUCUAGGACGAAUAUGAAAAUAGAAAUUAUAAGGGGAAAAAAAAGAAAUAGUAUUUUCCAUAUAUAUAUAAAGUAAGCAAUGAGGUUAGCAUGAGCUUGAUAGUGUGGCGAGUGGAUGGAAGGAUAUGAUAUGGAUGCCAAUUAUUGAUUGGCAGAUACUAUAUAUUUUGACGACGUGUCGUGUAGGGAUUGGAUAUGUAUAGUAUGUAGGCAUGCAAAUUUUGGUCAAAGUCGUUUUAUUCGAUAUGUUUGACAUGUUUUUGUGAUAAAGCAUAUAUAAAUACUCUCCUUGACCUGAUUUAUUCUAGUCUAUCUCGUUCUCUGUGCAAUUUUAUUCAAAAUUAUUAGCUACUGGUUUCAUUUUUUGGGUCAUUAUUUACGUUUGAGGUUUGACCCAUAUUUUACCCUUUGGCAUUUGCAUGUAUGUAGCAAUCAAGGUUCAAGGGUCGUGUGCGGUGGUUUUCUUGUUGGAGACACGCUUCCGUUAUCAUUGACGUUUGAUGUCGCACUCACUUCAAGUUGAUCAACACUACUCAAUAUUAUAAAUAUGUCUUGGUUUGUUCAAUUACUUGAUCGAAUUUGAAAGGUGGAAUUGAGUUUUUGUAAAUUUUAUGGAUGGUGAAAAAGAUCGAAUAUAAUAAAUUCUAUAUUAACUCACAUUUGGAUUAUUUGAUCCUCUAUUACGCUCGAUGGUCGAGGGUUCGACGGCGAAUUAGGAGAAGGAGACGAAGAGAAGAUGGGGAUGAAGAAGAAACAAUCAAUAUCGGAGAAAGAUCGGGGUGGAAUUUGUGGAAAGGAGGAAGGAAGAUCUGGGUUUGCUGGAUCUGGGUUUGCUCGAAGGAAGGAGCUCUUUAGAGCUAGUCGGAGAGGAGGAGAGAGUGUAAGAAGAAGAGGGAGAUUUCUUUUAAUUUUCCUAUUUUUUCUUUCAUUUUCUUAAUUAUUUAAUAAUUUAUUUUUUAAAUUAAAAUAUGAUAUAGUGACUGGCAUGUAAUUGCUAAUAGACAUUUAACGUUUGGCUAAUAAUUUGUAUUUUGAUAGUUAUGGCUGUAAUUUUCCGCUUCUUAAUAAUUAUGCCUAAUAUAUUAUAUAUUUUGUUGGAAAUGUAUAUGAAUAGCUUUGAACGCUAUAGAGUCUCAAGUGGAAAAACUACCACAUUGGUAGUUUUACUUGGUUAAAUAUGUAUAAAGAUAGGAGCAUUUCUCUUAAGGGCAUGCCCCUUGGGGUGACCCACUUUUGUGGGAGAGAGAGGACCUAACGGACCACCACACACACGUGCGCGCCGUCCGUCCGGUUGGUUGGUUCACUUGAGACUAUAUAUAUAUAUUUUUGGAGAAAUUCCGAACGAAAUUAAUUAUCUUACUUAAUUAAUCUGACUUAUUCCU